UUCGAAUGUAAAGUUAACAGACGGGCAUAGAAACAGCAUCAGCAAUAAAAAACAAAAAUAAAAAAAAAAACACAAAAGUAUUGCCAAAAGAGGAAUUUAGUUAAUAAUAGGCUAAGAUCCAGUUAAUUGUUAUGGAGUAAACGCGACAACACGUGAAGGCCUUGUCGUAAAUGGAGGGCGGCCACAUUUGCCAGUGGCUGUGACGACUUUUAUUCCCAUACGCCGUUUCCAUGCUAUAGAUAACAGUUUUGCCUCCAUAGGCAAGCAAAAAACACACCAUGGGCUGCAUCACUAGCACUAAUAAACUAAGUGAACUGCGGCAGGAGAACGUAUUUCGGGUGCGCGUGGCCCAUUUGCAGCCAAGCGGACCGGAGGCGCCCAUCGUACGCAGCGGCUACUUGGAAUUGACGCCACGCGAGUUGAUUUUCAUGACGCCUGGCUGUGAGCCGAUUGUGUGGGCUCUGCAGCACCUGCGUCGCUAUGGACUCAAUGGGGAUUUGUUCUCCUUCGAGGCGGGACGCCGCUGCAUGUCUGGCCCGGGCAUCUACACGUUCCGCAUACACAAUGCGGAGCAGCUCUAUCCGAUGUUCCAGCGCUAUAUAAAUGCCGUGAACACCGACGCCUUUGCCCAAGUGGAGCGGGAACGCGAACUCGUCAACUCCACAAAUUCAGUGUCGGUGCUGUUGGGUCGCAGCGAUGUUCAGCCGCAUAGCAACAAUUAUCUGGAGCCGGCUCCGAUGCUGGCACGUACUGCGCUGCAGGUGCAGCAGCUGCCGAACAAUGUGAUUGCGUUGACGUCCGAUUCACCCGACUCCUUGCCAAAUCUGCAGCUCGUCGGCGCCGAGCAGGGCGCUCUGCAGUCUCCAAUCACACCCGGCGCCUACAUCAAUACCAAUGGCAACGUUUACUUCGAUCAACCAAUGCAGCGCAUGCUGCAGGAGCAGAAUCGCUGCAGUUCACCACUAGAGACCACGCCGACAUCCACAAAUAGCGCAUUCAGCACAAUGCGCCGGCAGCAGCAUUUGGGUGACAUUCCGCCGCAAGAUCCCGCUCCGGCGCUCAACGAAUCGCUGCGAUUGUAUGCCAAUGUGGAGACAUCGCGGGAGCGUCUUCUGUUCGAUAUGCCGCUUGCCUCUGCUGGCUGCAACGAUCGUUGCUAUGAGAACGUAAGUCGCUUGGACCUGCCCCCACUGCCACGCGACUGCUCGCAGCAUUCAGUGAUAUCCGCGUCGCAACAGCAGCAGCAGCAGCCGGCGCCGCCGGUAACGCCGACCAGCCCACCUGGUGUCAACUACAUAGUGCUCGACUUGGAUCAGCCGCGUAGUCCCGCACAGUGCUCGCCCAAGACGAUGACAAAUGGUUUUGGCAGCGGCCUGUCCCUGACAAAUACUAUGCCACAAACUCCGGAAGGGAAAAAAGCGUCCGAUGCUGCGGCAUUAGCACAGAACAGAAACUCGCAUGCUGGCGCAUCGACAGCAGCCGGUUCUGCAUCAUCUGCCGAAAUUGUGGGCACCCAAGGCUACUCGACGAUUGAUUUUAUACGGACCUACGCUUUGAACAAAUCGUCAACAGUGCCUGCCCACGAUGCCGAGCCGCCUUCAGGCUGCCAGCACCACCAGGACCAUGCACACGAGGAUGGCGAACUACGCAUCUCGCGGCACAGCAAAUGUGUGCGCAAGGCCUACUCCAUUAGCGAGUAGAAGAAACGAAGGAGUCUAGGAGCGAGAGUCGAAUGUGAGCAGCCAGCACAACGAAUUUACCAAGGACGGGCUUUAGUUGCAGCCCAUCAAAUAUAUACAUAAAUAUAACUUAUUCGUUAGGGUUGGCCUGGGCAAUUAUUUGCCUCGAGCCUAAUCACACACAAAGCCAGACACAAAUCGCAAUCAGGUUGUUUCAAUUUAUGUACUUAAAUAUAUUUAUAUUUAAUUGUGCACGUGCAUAUACAUAUAUUAUAUAUAUAUUAGGUAUUUUUACACACACAGGGCUGUUUAGUGCUAGUCGUUUUUAAAAUGUUGUGCAAAUUAAGGUUUUGUUUUUUUGUGAAAAUGCAACAUGAAAGGCUUUUAAAUUGUAAAAAAUUACUCGUUAGUUGUUAAGCGAACAUUUAGUAUGUAUUUGAAUGAACAUCAUUUUGUUGUUCGUAUUUUGCGGAACGAAGGCCCAGUGCUUUUUUAUUUAAUUUGUUGCCAACUUUAAUAUAACCGCCCGCUGUAAUUCUAAUUUUUAUAUUGCUUUAUUGUUAUCCAAAUUCUUGGAAAUUGAAACAAACACAAGUUGUACAUGAUGUAUGCAUCAAAAAUCCAUGUAUCUUUAUUUAUACAUACAUAUGUACAAAGUUGAAACGCAGAAUAUUGCAAUAAUAUUUGUAUUUGUUGUUAGUAUUUAAGUCUAAGUUGUGCAAUAAAAAUGGAAACAACAUUUUAGCCUCUAA